AUAAAGUGUAAUUCCAGGUUGUUACACUAUGAUUUACCAAUCAAAUGUGUGCUUAUUCUAGUGUCAUUUAUUAGGAAUCUUAAUUUAUAAAUAUUAAUCAUGAAAUGCUGUUAGUAUAUUAAAUAAAUACUAAUAAAAAUAUAUUUGUUUACAAACAGGAAGUUGCAGGAAUGUACACAUGAUCCUCUGCUUACAUCUCAUUGUGCAACAUGUGAAUGUUUUAAUGGGAACUAAAUGCAAUGUCUGAAAGGGGUACAAAUUAUUUCCAAAGGAGGACCUCCACCCAGACAAACAAUACAAGUACACAGUUCAUGAAAAACAAUAUUUAUUGUUAUUGUCAUUGUAAGUGGGCAUAAACACUUAUAUUAGAAAAUAACCUCAUGGAAAUGACUGCUGUCAUUUGAUUAUAAUAAUAAGAGAAUGUUGUCUGUCUAUCUCCCCACCAUCUACCAUCCUAGUCAUGUCCGUUGUGUCCUUGGGCAAGACACUUCACCCUUGCUUCUGAUGGGUGCUGGUUAGCGCCUUGCAUGGCAGCUCCCGCCAUCAGGGUGUGAAUGUGUGUGUGAAUGGGUGAAUGUGGAAAUACUGUCAAAGCACUUUGAGUACCUUGAAGGUAGAAAAGCGCUAUACAAGUAUAACCCAUUUAUCAUUUAUUUAUUAUCUGUGUUGGCCAUGCAAUGAGGCGGGGACUUGUCCAGGGUGUACCCUGCUUUUCGCCCGAAUGCAGCUGAGAUAGGCUCCAGCACCCCCCGCCACCCCGAAAGGGACAAGCGGUAGAAAAUGGAUGGAUGGAGAUUUAACUUGUUAUUUAGUCAGGUUUGGGACAGGUGUGCUCACAUGGGCUCCACUGAAUGCUCAGGGAGUUUUUGCGUUUGCUCACACACAUGAAAAAUUAGAGGGAACAUUGCUCUCCAAGUACCGUGAUAAUGACCAACAAUAACAUACAGUAGUGUAGUAGCCCUUAAGUAUUCAUUAACAACAAGGCAGAGGUUUUUAAUUUAACAAGUAUAUUUAAUAUGUGCAGCACGGUGUGGUAGAGUGGUUAGUGCGUCUGCUUCACAAUACGAAGGUCCUGGGUUCGAUCCUGUGCUCGGGAUCUUUCUGUGUGGAGUUUGUAUGUUCUCCCCGUGACUGCGUGGAUUCCCUCUGGGUACUCCGGCUUCCUCCCACCUCCAAAGACAUGCACCUGGGGAUAGGUUGAUUGGCAACACAAAAUUGGCCCUAGUGUGUGAAUGUUGUCUGUCUGUGUUGGCCCUGUGAUGAGGUGGCAACUUGUCCAGGGUGUACACUGCCUUCCGCCCGAAUGCAGCUGAGAUAGGCUCCAGCGACCCCGAAAGGGACAAGCGGUAGAAAAUGGAUGGAUGGAUGGAUGUUUGGCCACUUUAACUUUACAUCAUCAACAAUGAUACUUCAUAUACAGUUCAUAUUUACAGGCUUCUUUGGCGUACCACUAGAUAGAGCUUGCGUGCAGUUUGAGAAUCACUGAUUUCAAGGGUCUUUGACUAGUGUUUUACAGUAGAUCAUGCCUAAAAUGACCCAAACUAUAUAGAGGAUCUUUGACAAGCAUAUUUUUGAAUUUGGUGUCAUAAGUAGGAUCUUUGAUUAUCUUUUUUUUUUUUUUUUUUUUUGCAGUAGGUACAAAGGAACUCCUGUAAUAUAGAGGAUCCUUGCUAGUAAAGAGAAUAAAAAUGAGACAUAUAUGAAUGAAACUAGAUAGAGUUGUGUUUGUAUGACCUUAAGUGCUUCCUAUUGAGAGCAGUGGGCCAUGUUUUUGUUAGAAGUUAAAAAGGGGUUUCUAUAAAUAGUGAGGUUCCUGGAUCCAUGUUGCUUUAAGAACGCUGUUGUAACUUGAGCUCCAUGAAGCAUAGGCCAAGAGGCGGGGCCUAAACAGCAACAGACCAAUCACAGUCACGCCCCGUGAAGAAAAAAAAUCGUUCCUGUAACCUCUGCAAAUAUGUAUGUUAGCAGUCUGCAAGGUUUGUGGAUAGACACAACCGGGCUGCAACAGGCGGGGAUCUCCAGGCCCGCCGCCUUUUAGCUAGUGUGUGUUGUUGUUGUUGUUGUUUACCUAGCAUGGACCGACAUGAUGGCCGUGGUUGUGUCACGGAGCAUGCACCUCUGCAGCCAGCCGUGGGAGCCUUAAGAAGAAGCUGAGGGAGCCCCCAAAAAUAAGGCAGGGCGUCUUCAUGAAAGUCGUAAGUGGGCUCGGGCGGCCAUGGACCCAUUCAGCCAGCUCAUCCUCACCAUCUCGGUGACCAGCUUCUUCACCUUUCAGUGGCUCUUCCACAAAGUCAGCCCCUGGGUGUCGGUGCGUGUCAGCCUGGGCUUCCUGGGUCUCAGUGACAAGCAGAAGGUGGAAUGGAAUUCGAGGACGGUGUCAACUCUUCACGCAUUGGUGGUUGGAAUCUUCUGUCUCUACAUUUUGUUCUUCGACGAUGCCGUCAAUGAAGAUCCAGUCUGGGGAGAUCCAACAUUAGUAAAGACUAAUGUUGCCAUCACAACAGGCUACCUCAUAUCUGACCUGCUGCUAAUAUUUUACUAUUGGAGGGCAAUAGGAGACAAGUUUUUUGUAGUACACCAUCUGGCAGCGUUGUAUGCUUACUACUAUGUACUGGGCCAUGGCAUGUUGCCUUACUUUGCUAACUUCCGUCUACUCGCCGAGUUUUCUACUCCAUGUGUGAAUCAGCGCUGGUUCUUCGAGGUUCUAGGCUACCCCAAGACCUCGCGGCCCAACAUGGCGAACGGCGUGGCCAUGGCGGUCGUGUUCUUCGCUGUGCGUGUGGCCGUCAUGCCCGUCUACUACGCACGCAUGUAUGCCGUGUACGGCACCGAGGCCUUCUACUUGGUGCCGUACGGCGGGCGCAUGACGUGGAUCUGCUCCAGCAUCUGCUUGGACGUCAUGAACAUCAUGUGGAUGCACAAGAUCGGCCGCGGAUGCUACAAGGUGCUGCAGUCGGCGCGCAGGAGCAAAGCGACUCAGGAGAACGGGAAGUCCAACUAACGCGGGGGAGGACCCUAACUUGUCCAAGGGGCACCGAUACAGGAGAGAAUGUACUUUUGAAAGUGGGCACAGUAGCUGAAAUAUGAUGGACCAUCUGACGGACCAUCGUUAAGUGUGUGUCCAUGGCCUAUUUCUUUUUUAAUAAGCGACUGCUUGGAUGGACAAUUUGAGCCAAAACCGAAACAUUUAAUGGUUUAUUUCCACACAUACACUGGUCAAACUGACUGCUGGCUGAUGAAAAAGAAGAGGAGUACCUCACCGAUGGUCAGUGCCAUUAAAUCCUUGGAGAGAAGGUCAGCCAUAUUUUUUUACAUGACUACAGGGCCAAGAAGAAGAAAAAUGCUAAGAUAACUUACAUUUCACAACUUCAUUGGAGUAUUUAUACAUGAUGGCUGAUGGGGUUUUUUGGAGGAGAAAGCAGUACCUUUAAAAAUGCUGAAAGGGGAAACUGAAUGUCAAUGCUUGGUCUUACUAUGAGGAAUUUGAUGACAACAAACACGCACAGGUUCACCAGUGAAUUUAUUCAAGCAUCAGAGCAGGGGUGUCCAAUAAAAUAGUUUGUGUAUUAAUAAGCUAAAACCAACCAAGUGUCAUUGAAGAUAUGCCAAGAUUCUAAAACCUUUAAACCUAGGUAGAUACAUUUGAAUUCAAUUUGAACACAUUGUUAGUUCAUGCAUUCAUUUUAAAACUAAUUGGGGCUAUAGAUUUCAUGUAGAUAUUUGUGAUUGAAUUUUAUUGGUGGGCGCCAGUGUACAGUGGUAUUUUGUCACUCAUGACACUUGUAUUUGAAAUCUCCCACUGAAAUAAAUCAAAUUUAUCUGUGCUUGGCUCCCCAAAUCAGCACUAUUUUAACAUGUAACAUGCCUUUUAAAAAUACAACAUUUUUAGGCUAGAAAUAUGGUAACAAAACAGUAUAAUAAAAUGCAGUUUAAACAACUGCAGUAGUUUUAGGAAUUACUCUAAUAAUGUACAGCAUUUUACAUUAGCGAGUGCACGAGGGUAUCUUUGAGCUGCUUGUCCGUCAAACACACUAUCAGCAGCUUUUCCUUAUUUUCAUGGACAAAUGUUUUCCGUUUAGAUAUUAUUUUAACAUUCUUGGCUGCCGUUAAAAUCAUUCUGCAUAAAUGUGGUGCAGAGUAGCGGUGCUACACUUGAAGUCGGCGACACGCUCGGUCAUGUUUCUGAUUAUUUCUUUAAUCCUCUGAAUCUGAUCCACUACUACUCAGCGCUGUCCUUUGCACUCAUUUUCUUCCUUCCCAUAGUUGAAAAAAUAAAAGUAAGUCAAUCCCUAGCUAUAAGCUAAUGCUAGCAAGUAAGACCGGAUGUUGGGAUCUUACAGGGUUCACUGUGACAUUUGCUACUCCAACUUAAAACUAUCUGGUGCAACUGGAGUCUAUGUGCAGUUCAGUAUAUUUAAAUAAAAACAGCCUCCGUGUCAUCUUUUUCUCAUUGUAUACUACUUUUUAUAAUUCUGUAGGCCGAUAAAAAAAUAAGUAUGUUUGGACACCCCUGAUUAUGACAGGAAAAAACCCUAACAUUUACUUAAAAGCACUUCCCUCCUGUACUGAGCUGCAUUGUUUAUUUCUAAAUUAUGAUAUGGGAAAAUUAUACAGUAUUUAGUCACAAGGACGCACACAGUGAUAUUUAUUUUUUUAUUCAUUUGUGUUGCCUUUUCUGAAACAUUUUUAAUUGCACAUUUUCUUUCCCAGAUGACUGUCAGCUUAUUUUCGGCCUUUCUCCGUUUUGUUUUCUUUACCAAAAACAAGUACCGUAUUUUUCGGAGUAUAAGUCGCACCGGAGUAUAAGUCGCACCUGCCGAAAAUGCAUAAUAAAGAAGGAAAAAAACAUAUAUAAAUCGCACUGGAGCCCGGCCAAACUAUGAAAAAAACUGCGACUUAUAGUCCGAAAAAUACGGUAGUCUUUGUUACUUUUAACCUGUGGUAAUUUUUGCUCGGCAGCAAGUUGCAUCCACAGCGUCGUGUCUAUUAUGUGUGACGGGGGCUCACCUGAAGAGCAUCAAAAGUUACCAGUUGGUGAGUAGUAUUAUUGGAUCUACAAGGGGAAAUAUACUACCGGUAGUCCUUCUGCAUGUACGCAUGAAGAUACAAAGCAUUCUACAUUCUCAUCGCCAUAGCACAUGUACACAAUGUUUACCUGUAAAGUGUCAUAUCCAGCACAGAAAUACUUGAAAGAAUCAGCACAGUUUAUGAGAACAAUCUGGGCAGUUGCAAAUACCAAACCCUCUUUCUGGAAUUGUAUUAUGUGUUUUUAAAUAAUUAUGCUGCCCUCGGUUGGUAUAUUGUGUCGAGAAGAGAAGUGGGAGCGGUUAUGUGACAUUCUGUGAAUGUGUAAGAGCAAAUAUUGACCAUUACAUUUUUGUUUGUUCCUUAAUAAUAAAUGCCAAAUAAACUGAUGUGAUGCCUUUUCA